AUGGAGUCUCUCGCCACUGACUCUGGAAAAAUCGUAAAGAUGGAAGUAGACUAUAGUGUCACUUGCGACGAAAAAAUCCCUGAAUGCCAGAAACUUGCGAAAUCAGGUAAAUUACAUGAUGCUCUGGACCAACUUCUUGCAUUGGAAAAACAGACGAGGACAGGGGCUGAUAUGAUAUCAACAGGUAGAGUUUUAGUCGCAAUUUGUCAAAUUUGCAGAGAAGCAAAGAAUUGGGCGGCACUGAAUGAACACAUCAUCCUGUUGACUAAAAGAAGAUCUCAACUGAAACAGGCAGUUGUAAAAAUGGUUCAAGAAUGCUGUACCUAUGUUGAUGAAACUCCUGAUAAAGAUGCGAAAGUUAAACUGAUUGAUACGUUAAGACAAGUAACUGAGGGAAAGAUUUAUGUAGAAGUUGAAAGAGCACGUUUAACUCAUAAAUUAGCUCAAAUUCGUGAAGAAGAAGGCAAUGUCCAACAAGCUGCUGAUAUCAUCCAAGAGCUUCAAGUGGAAACUUAUGGUUCUAUGGAAAAAAGAGAAAAGGUGGAACUUAUUUUAGAACAAAUGAGAUUGUGUAUAGCUAAACAAGAUUAUAUUCGUACUCAAAUCAUUUCUAAAAAAAUUAAUGCCAAAUUUUUCGAAGAUGAAGGAGCUUCAGACCUGAAGCUAAAAUUUUAUAGACUAAUGAUGGAAGUUGACCAACAUGAAGGUUCCUAUUUGGCUACUUGUAAACAUUAUAGGGCAGUCCUUAAUACACCAUGCAUUAUGUCAGUGCCAGAAGAAAGACAGUCAGCAGCUCAAGCUGUUGUUUUAUACCUUAUUUUGGCUCAGCAUGAUAAUGAACAGGUUGAUUUAACUCACAGGGUAUUGUCAGAUAAAAUUUUGGAAGAGAUUCCUUUGUACAAACAAUUACUAAAAUUAUUUACCACUCCAGAAUUAAUAAAGUGGUCUGGAUUGUGUGAUUUGUAUGAAAAACCGUUGAAAUCCACUCCAGUCUUUUCUAGCAAUGACCAAGGUCAAAAAAGAUGGGCAGAUUUAAAGUCAAGGGUUGUUGAACACAACAUUCGAGUGAUGGCUAAAUAUUACACACGUAUUUCAAUUAGUCGCAUAUCUGAAUUGUUAGAUCUCUCAUCUGCUGAAACUGAAGAGUUUCUCUCACAGAUGGUCGUUAGCAAGACAAUUCAAGCCAAAACAGACAGACCAGCUGGAGUUGUUCACUUCCAACAAAGCAAGGAUCCCAGUGAUGUGCUAAAUGAUUGGGCACAUGAUUUAACACAGCUCAUGCAGUUGGUCAACAAAAUAACACAUCUUAUUAACAAAGAAGAAUGUGUUCAUAAGAAUCUUCAAAGUACUACAGCUUAA